UUUCUUUUUCAGUGAAAAAAAGCACAAGAAGAAACUUUUACAGACAUUGUUGAUUUGACUACGGCCCCAUCCCCGAAAUCACAGGAAAGUUCUGAUGGUCAGUCAUACAAAGGAAAGCCUUGAGCCACUGGGUUUUGAAGAAUCCCUUCUAAAGAUCUAAAAAGUACAAAAGGAGAAGUACAAAUGUCUACCACAAGACGAAAACGUAAUGUGUUAUGUUGUUUACCGUAAGCUGUAGUACAAUGAGCUCAAUUGUUGACAGAGAUGACAGUAGUAUUUUUGAUGGAUUGGUGGAAGAAGAUGACAAGGACAAAGCAAAAAGAGUAUCUAGAAACAAAUCUGAAAAGAAACGUAGAGAUCAGUUCAAUGUUCUCAUUAAAGAGCUGGGAUCUAUGCUUCCUGGUAACGCUAGAAAAAUGGACAAGUCCACGGUUCUGCAGAAGAGCAUUGACUUUUUACGCAAACAUAAAGAAAUCACUGCACAGUCAGAUGCUAGUGAAAUUCGACAGGACUGGAAACCUACAUUCCUUAGUAAUGAAGAGUUUACACAAUUAAUGUUAGAGGCUCUUGAUGGUUUUUUUUUAGCGAUCAUGACAGAUGGAAGUAUAAUAUAUGUAUCUGAGAGUGUAACUUCAUUACUUGAACAUUUACCAUCUGAUCUUGUGGAUCAAAGUAUAUUUAAUUUUAUCCCCGAGGGAGAACAUUCAGAGGUUUAUAAGAUACUCUCUACUCAUCUGCUGGAAAGUGACUCACUAACCCCUGAGUACUUAAAAUCAAAAAAUCAGUUAGAAUUCUGUUGUCACAUGCUUCGAGGAACAAUAGACCCAAAGGAGCCAUCCACCUAUGAAUAUGUGAGAUUUAUAGGAAAUUUUAAAUCUUUAAACAGUGUAUCAACUUCAGCACACAACGGUUUUGAAGGAACUAUACAACGCACACAUAGGCCUUCUUACGAAGAUAGAGUUUGUUUUGUAGCUACUGUCAGGUUAGCUACACCUCAGUUCAUCAAGGAAAUGUGUACUGUUGAAGAACCCAAUGAAGAGUUUACAUCUAGACACAGUUUAGAAUGGAAGUUUCUAUUUCUGGAUCACAGGGCACCACCAAUAAUAGGCUAUUUGCCAUUUGAAGUUUUGGGAACAUCAGGCUAUGAUUACUAUCAUGUGGAUGACCUAGAAAAUCUGGCAAAAUGUCAUGAGCACUUAAUGCAGUAUGGGAAAGGCAAAUCAUGCUAUUAUAGGUUCUUGACCAAAGGACAACAGUGGAUUUGGCUUCAAACUCACUAUUACAUCACUUACCAUCAGUGGAAUUCAAGGCCAGAGUUCAUUGUUUGUACUCACACUGUAGUCAGUUAUGCAGAAGUUAGGGCUGAAAGACGACGAGAACUCGGCAUUGAAGAAUCUCUUCCUGAGACAGCUGCUGACAAAAGCCAAGAUUCUGGGUCUGACAAUCGUAUAAAUACAGUCAGUCUCAAGGAAGCACUGGAAAGGUUUGAUCACAGCCCUACUCCAUCUGCCUCUUCUAGAAGCUCGAGAAAGUCAUCUCACACAGCAGUCUCAGACCCUUCCUCAACACCAACGAAGAUACCUACGGAUACUAGCACUCCUCCCAGACAGCACUUGCCAACUCAUGAAAAGAUGACACAACGGAGGUCAUCCUUCAGCAGUCAGUCCAUAAACUCCCAGUCUGUUGGUCCAUCAUUAACACAGCCAGUGAUGUCUCAAGCUGCAAAUUUACCAAUUCCACAAGGCAUGUCACAGUUUCAGUUUUCAGCUCAGUUAGGAGCCAUGCAGCAUCUAAAAGACCAGCUGGAGCAGCGGACACGGAUGAUAGAGGCGAAUAUUCAUCGGCAACAAGAAGAACUAAGGAAAAUUCAAGAACAGCUUCAAAUGGUCCAUGGUCAAGGGCUUCAGAUGUUUUUGCAGCAAUCAAACUCUGGAUUGAAUUUUGGUUCUGUUCAACUUUCCUCUGGGAAUUCUAAUAUCCAGCAACUCACACCUAUAAAUAUGCAAGGCCAAGUUGUUUCUGCUAGCCAGAUUCAAAGUGGAAUGAAUACUGGGCAUAUCACCACAAGCCAGCACAUGAUACAACAACAGACUUUACAAAGUACUUCAACUCAGCAGAGUCAACAGAGUGUCAUGAGUGGACACAGUCAGCAGACAUCUCUUCCGAACCAGACGCCAAGUACUCUCCCAGCCCCAUUGUACAAUACGAUGGUGAUCUCUCAGCCUGCGGCUGGGAGCAUGGUCCAGAUUCCAUCCAGUCUGCCCCAGAACAGUACACAGAGUGCUACAGUAACUACGUUCACUCAGGACAGACAGAUAAGAUUUUCUCAAGGUCAGCAACUUGUAACCAAAUUAGUGACUGCUCCUGUAGCUUGUGGGGCUGUCAUGGUACCAAGUACCAUGCUUAUGGGUCAGGUGGUGACUGCCUAUCCUACCUUUGCUACACAACAACAGCAGGCACAGACAUUAUCGGUAUCUCAGCAGCAGCAGCAGCAACAGCAGCAGCAACAGCAGCAGCAGCAGCAGCAGCAACAGCAACAGCAGCAGCAGCAGAGCUCCCAGGAACAGCAGCUCCCUUCAGUUCAGCAACCAUCUCAGGCUCAGCUGACCCAGCCACCACAGCAGUUUUUACAGACAUCUCGGUUGCUCCAUGGGAAUCCUUCAACUCAGCUCAUACUCUCUGCUGCCUUCCCACUACAACAGAGCCCUUUCCCUCCGUCACCACAUCACCAGCAACACCAGCCUCAGCAGCAACAGCAGCAUAGUCGGCACAGGACUGACAGCCUGACUGACCCUUCCAAGGUCCAGCCACAGUAGCACACACACUUCCUCUCUGACACUAGAGAGGAAGGGGAUGGCCAGAAAGCUACUUGGAUGACAAACAGUUACAAGUUUAGUAGUUCUGUGAGGGUGGUAGUGAGUGUUCCAGUUCCUGGAUUAGUUGGUAGGAAAAUGCUGCCCAGUGCUACAGAUGUACAUUAAAUACCAGCCAGUGGGAGAUGAUUGUAGGGACAUGGCCAAUUCUGACAGUUUCUUUGCCCAGAUAUUUUUUUGAUGGAUAAAGAGUAUAUUGCCAAAUGUUAACAAGCUCAACUAUCAUGACCUUUACCGAAUCAGAAAAGCACUAACAAUGUUGGUAGCUUUUAGUGGUUCUGUGCCUGGUAUCAAAUGUUACAGAGGACACACCACUGCCAGGGGUUUGCUUAGAUUGCCAUGAAGAUAGUCCAGUAGUUAGUAGUCCCCACCCCCAACUCCACCCUGCUCAGAUCAUGAUGGAACAGUGAUUACUUUCAGAAUGUUGUGCAGGUUUGAAUUCUUUUUGUAUAGAUGCUAUAUAGAUAUGUAUGUGCCUGGACGGAUGGAUGGACGGACAGACGGAGAGAAAGACUGUGUACACAGCUUGAACGCAUUAUCUGUCCCUUACAGGUGUGAGUACAUUUCAUUAGAUUUUGACACCACGUACAAACUGGUAAUAGCUUCUCUUUCAUUUUGUUUACAACAUAAUAGUGUUCUAGUCACUUUUUCCAGGGCACCUUUUGUUCGUGCUUUGGCUGUGAUGUCACAGUUUGUUCAGUGAGGUACAGUGUGCUGCUGGGGAUGGAUUUUCUUUUUCUUUUUUUUUUUCAAGUUAAAUUAUUGCUACAUUUCCACUUACUCAGAAAUAUCCCUUAUUAUUUUUCAAUUAUGUUUGAAAAAAUAGAAUUGCACUGCUUUAUUUUAGAUGGUUGGUUGAAAGUUUGAUCACAUAUUUUGAUAUAUUUCGUAGUUGGAAUAUUUAUGUAAAUGGUUUUCAACAAGCCUGAAAGUGAUUUCAAGAAUGUUUCAGUUAUAAGAGUAAAAUUUGCACACAAAUAUUUUAGGCACUUUUUAAACAUUCUCAGUGGUGGGAAUUUUAACUUUUAGGAUUUGUUGGAAUCUUUUUAUUAUCCUUAAAAAUUUCAAUGCUUCUUUUAGUCAAAAUGAUUCAGGGUUAUUUGAGGGGAAAAAACCCAUAGUGCCUUGAUUUUAAUUCAGGUGAUAACUCACCGUCUUGAAUUCAUUGUCUGGUUUCAGUAGCAGUUUUGAAACCUUAGUACAUUUUUAGCAGCAUGUGGGUCUCAGUGUUACUCUCAAGCUCCCAAGAAGACUGCUGCAACUAUCAUAGUUGUUAAUGUGAUCCCAGAAUUGUUUCCAAAUUAGUAUCUUCCUUUAAAGUAGUCAGUCCUUUAAGAAUUACCAGUAAAUACUUGCUCAGAGUAAGAGGGUAGAAAUUGUCUUUAACGUUCACCGAAACACUAGAAUGGUAUAACUCACAUGCUUUCUAAACAUGAAUUAAGAUUUCAUCUGGCAAUAUCAUACUCUAUAGGUAAUAAACUCCAACAAAGUUACAUGGAUUUUAAAAAGCAUUUUUUUUUUAGAUUUUUAUGGUACUAAUAAUGAAAUUUGCAAUUGUAGAACAAAAAUUGAAAAUAGAUAUAAAACAUUACUGAGAAAAGGGAGGACAAGUGUGACAAAUUAGAAUUGACCUUAAAAGAAAGUGUGUAAAGAGUGAGGCUGCUCAACAGAGGUUUUCAGCAGUGAAAGUCACCUAAUGCAAACUCGCUAGGUAAGGACUCUGGGGAACGAGGAGUCAGUUAUCUGUCCUCAGCUUUGUUGUCAUCCUUAAGUGUGUCUGUUUUCCUGUUUACCUGGAUGCAGUUAAGUUAGAAAGUUAGUGGUGAAAAAGAAAACAACCAAAGAAAAUUGGUACCUGCCCUUCUGCAAAAGAAAUGUGGCUAGAUACCAGUCAGUAACUAACAUAUCAUGGAGUUCUAAUGGCUGACAUUCAUAUGAAUUCCCCGAAGAGUUGUGAGAAUACAUAAACAUGCAAGCUUAUACACAUGUGAUGAAAUUGCUUUUCUCCCCUUCCAAAUUGCCUUCUUGAUCUUAUGCCAUUCCAUGCCAUCUGAGUUGUGCCUCAUCCAUUUUUUGGCAAUACCUAGUGAUAAGGAUUUAGCUAACAGGAGAUAUAACAUACUAAUUAUGUAAUUCCUAUUCUUUAUAGUUCAUCUUCCUGCUUAAAAGCAGUUGAUAAAGGAGCACCUAGCCAUUGACUUUGCUGUCCACAUGGAGAGUUGUACUGGGCAACACCAGCUGCCUCUCAGCUCCUUAAUUCUUUGUUUCUUUGGAUUGCAAACUGUUCUUGCCUGCUUCCAUUCUGAUGAAGAUACACCUGUUGCCCCUGUUGCCUGUUCUUCAUUUUCUAUAGCCAAAGUUGUUGACUGAAACCCCAAAUCUAAAUCAUGAAAAGAUACCAAAUAGAAACACUCCUCAGUUUCUUAUAAACCCUAAUGUCCCCUGCUCUUUAAAAUUUUAAUUCUGGGCAGCACUUUUUAGUUAAGAAAUUGUUAGGGUGCUGGUCAAGUAGGUUCUCAUUGCCCUGCAGGUACCUUGCUAUGGGCUGCUUCCACAUGGGGUGUUGCUGAUCAUGUGGGAUAAGAACAGUAAAUCGCAAAGCUGCUCUUGAGGAUGGCUUCAAACCAGAACUCAGACAUGGAAAAGUACUCUUCCCUUCCUUAGAACAGUAACUAUGGGGGGAGGGGAAGUGGAUGUGGUAGGCGGAGCUGCAUGCAAAUAAGCACUACAGUCCUUCCCCCAAGCUACAUCCUAAAUAUAAGCAGCUUCUCGUGGCUUAGGAAUGCACUACUAAAAGAAUGCCAAUGACUGAGUAGUUUGUGAUAGAAAACAAUGUGCAAAUUAGUGAGUGAGUGAGUUCUGUGUGCUGUGGUUGGUCAUUGCCUUAAAGCAAUCUCUUGAACCUUGGAGCACUGAAGCAGUCCAGCUGUAUAAAGGGCAUCGGGUUGAGGGAGAUGAGCCCUUGUUCUGGCCUUAGAAAGGGAUCCUGUUGUCUACAGAGGUAGAUUCUCUUCACUUAGAUAUUACUGGGUUAAAGUGUUUCCACUAUGUUGAGGCUUUUUUUUUUUUUUUAAGUGGAACAGAGAUAGCAUUUUUAGUAUUUCGUUUUUCUGUUUCUUUGGUGAUUAAAGAUUUGUUGGUAAACAUUGUUCAAGCCUACUACCUUUCCAGUACCUGUGGGCCUGUUCUUAGCACCACGGAGUCCAUAUUGGAAGGUAUAAACACUGGAUAUUAAUAUCGAUGAGGGCAUAUUGCCAGGAACGAGCUGACUGGAAUUUUUCAGUGGUGGAGAAGGAACAGCACAAAGGCACUUGCCGUUUUCAUAGUAAUUAGAGAAAAACCUUUUAAGUAUGUCUGGACUGAGUGAACACUCUUAUUCUAAGAGGAGCUUGUGAAGUAAAAUGCAAAGGAAAAGAGUUGACUAUUUUUAUAGCAUAUUUAAUAUAUUUGUAUAUAACUAUGAGUGUAGUAGGAACCCUCCACCUGCCUCCCACUUUUCUAGCUCCCCCUCCCCCCGCCAUAGCCCUAGUACAGCCUCAUCCGCAUGGGUAAUGUGCCUAUUGUCAGCCUACCUACCAAAAGAUAGAGCUGCUGCUUUUUGAGACAGGUGAGAUGAGACUCUCAUGCCUGGGGAUCCUUUAUGGGAGGAAUAGCACACACUUAGAACAACAUACCACAGUUUAAAAGCAUCAUUUGAAAGGUAAUAAGCACUUUAUUGCAAUUAUCCAUUUAGAUAAAGUUUGUAUCUUAGGUAUUAACCGUUUUUAAAGGAUCCCCUAAUCAUCACUUAGGUGAAUUUAUAAAUGACACAUUUCUGAGAAAUGUAUAGAGCCAGUGAACCGUAGCAGGUUUAUGGGAGUGAUUUCAAGGUAGCCAAAUAAACUCUGACUUUUGUUUUGAAUGUGGUGGGGUCGGGAGAUUGUAGAUGCGUAGUUCCAUUUAAACACUAUUGUAAACCUAUCUUGCCUAUUGUGUGGACACCAAAAGAGACCAAUGAGCCUGUUUCUUCUCAGAGCUCUAGGAAUAUGCAUCUGUCUGAGUAGACAUACAGAACUAAUCUAUAAAUGGUUGGUAGUAAUAUUUUAGGAUACAGUAAUUUCAAGAAUUUGAGUGUUUUAAAUGUGUCCUGAAAUGUUGGCAUGUCAUUUCAGUGUCUCCAUUGAGUUGCUCUUGUAAUAUUUUUGCACAAAAAGGACUGAGAAAGAUUGCUUUGGUUGAAGAAAACUAUAAUUUGGUCUUAAUGUCUCCUGUGGAAACACUGGAGGUAAAUUUUGUUGGUAUAGUUACUAAUUCAGGAUAUUUAAAACAGUGUUGAAGAACUCACCAGAAAUUAAGCAAACUUAUAUUUAAAAAUUAAAAUUCUUUUUUUCCACGUGA